AUGGGAUUAAUAUCUGGAAUGUUGAUGGGUAUGGUGUUCGGGGUUGCGUUGAUGGUUGGUUGGCGGCACAUGAUCCGGUACAGGAGCAGCAAGCGAAUUGCGAAGGCGGCUGACAUAAAAUCACUAAGCUCGCUCAACAGAGAUGAUCUGAGGAAAAUCUGUGGUGAAAAUUUUCCCGAGUGGAUAUCAUUCCCUGUUUUUGAGCAGGUGAAAUGGCUGAACAAACAACUAAGUAAACUCUGGCCAUUUGUUGCUGAUGUAUGCUUCUUUUCCUUUAUCAAUAAUCACCUAGCUCUCAUUUGUGUGACUCACGGGCAUUCACUUGUUUUUCAGUAUUGA